AUGAGGGAGCUGAACUCUGUCCAGUGCGUCUCCGGUUCCAGCUGCACCAUGAGGGCCAAAGCCUCGGACAUGCACAGCAAGGACUGUGUCAAAGUGGCUGUCAGAGUGCGGCCGUUCAACAAGAGAGAGAGGGACGCAGGCAGCCGUUGUAUCAUCUCUCUGGUGUCGACCUCCAUUAGUAUCCAGGAUCCACGCGACUGCCACAACCGGCGGUCCUUCUGCUUCGAUUAUGCGUACUGGUCCCACAGCGGCUUCACAAGAGACCAGACUGGUCUCUUUGUCCCUAAAGAACUGGGGGGCCGAUACGCUGACCAGCACAGCGUGUUCCAGGACCUCGGAGUGGGAAUACUGGAGAACGCGCUUCAGGGUUACAACGCCACGCUCCUAGCAUAUGGACAGACCGGAUCAGGGAAGAGUUACUCGAUGGUGGGCUACGGGCCCAAUAAAGGCCUGGUUCCUAAGCUGUGUGACCGGCUGUUUGAGGCGAUCGGAGAACACCAAGAAAACAGACAAUGUCAGAGGACAGGCUUUUGUUCUAAAUGCUUGUUGAUGUGUCCUCAGGUCUUUUUCAGUAUGUUGGAAAUCUAUAAUGAGCAGGUGGUCGACCUUUUGUCUCGCGGGUCUCGGUCUGCAGCUGGACUUAGAGUGAGAGAGGAGCUGCAAAGAGGCUUUUAUGUUGAGGGUCUCCGUAAAAUCCCCUGUGAGAAUGCUCUGCAGGUGGAGCAGCUGAUGGAGCAGGGAACCAGGACUCGAACCACCGCUGCCACUCAAAUGAACGCCAACAGCAGCCGCUCACACAUGCUCAUUAUCCUGCAGCUCAAACAGAUCUUCUCUAAAGAGAGCAUCACGAAGCAGUCCAACAUCAACCUGGUGGACCUGGCUGGCAGUGAGCGCCAGAGGUCUUCAGGUUCUGAAGCUGACAGACUCAAAGAGGGAACAGCCAUAAACCUGAGCCUCACCACGCUGGGCAAUGUCAUCAGCGCCCUGGCAGAUAUUGCAGUGGGGAAGAAGGUGGUUCAUAUUCCCUACAGAGACUCGGUUCUCACCAAGCUGCUGCAGUCUGCGCUGGGAGGAAACAGUCGCACCGUCAUGAUUGCCACUCUGAGUCCAGCAGAUAUCUGCUAUGAGGAGUCUCUCUCCACCCUGCGCUACGCUGAAAGGGCAAAACGAAUCCAAAACAGGGCAGUGGUGAAUGAGAGCCCCACUGAACGCCUUGUUAAAGAGUUAAAGGCUGAAAAUGCCCGACUGCUGCAGAAACUGAGCCGGAUGGACCAGGAGGGGCGCAGAGCCACAGAUGAGUCCAAGGAACUUCGUCAGCUGUUGACCCAGAAUGAGCUCCAGAUCAGAGCCAUUCAGACUCUGUGGGAACAACACCUGCAGGAGGCGCUCAAAGACUGGGAGCAGCAGUAUGCCAACAUCACACAGGAGAGGAGGAUGAUGCAGAUGUAUCCUUACAUCCUGAACAUCAACGAGGACGCUCAGCUGUCAGGGGUGGUGAAGCUUUUCAUCCAGGAGGGCGAGUGGGGCAUCGGACUCUGUGACUCUGCCCCUAGAUCCAUUUCUAUCAAGGGCUUAGGUAUCCAGGAGCAUCAUGCGGUGUUCAGGAAUGAACAGCGGCGGGUAACACUGACUCCACUGACGGGGUCAAAGGUUAUUGUUAAUGGGAACGCCGUGUACGAGACAGCAGAGCUGCAACACCUGGAUCGUCUCAUUCUGGGCUCGAAUUGUACCUACCUGUUCGUUGGUUAUCCAUCUGAGAGGGGCGGGGAAGACUGGGGUCGCUACGACUAUGAUUACUUCCAAUCGGAGCUGGCUGCUGCUGAGGGCAUCCACCUGAGUGAGUCCAGCACCGGCUGUAGCCAGACAGAUCCCAGUCUGUUAGCGGUCUUCUACGACUACAUUCAGCUGAUGCCCAUGGUGGCCGAGGCCAACCAGAUGAGUCAGGAACUGAGCAAGGGAGUUGAGUUUAAGCUGGAAAUCAAAAAUCUGGCCCUGUCGGAUUCUCGAGGUCACGAUCUACAGAAAGACACUGUUGUCAGAGUGACCGCUGCAGGAAGCAAACAGGCUAGUGUUGCUCAAGGUGUCUCUCUCCUUUCUUUGUGCCAGAAAGAUGUUUCUGUCUGGAUGUGGUCCAAAGCCAAGUUUGUCAACCGCAAGUUUUUGAUGGAGGAGGUCUACCAGCAGUUCAAGGCUGCACAACACGAAGACAAUAGAGUGGAGGGCCUCCCAGCUGUAGUGUUACCGAGAGAUAAAGACCCUUUCUGGGAUCCAGUUGAGCCUCUGCUCCUGGGAACUGCUCACCUCUGGCUGCAGUCUUUGGCCUUCCGCAUCCCUCUGGAGGAGCAGCUUGAGGUGUUGGGCUCAGAGGGGACAGAGGAGGCCAUCCUACAAGCUCAGCUCAUCCCCUGCACUUCCACUGGACUUCCACUGGGGGAGGACGACAUCCUGAUUGACCCGUCUGAAGUACUGGGUCGACGAUUGGACUUCCAGCUGGUCCUGGAUCAGUGCUGUGGGGUUCGUUGGAUUAGGGAAGCCCGCAAUCGAGGGAUACAAAUUGGAUUCAGGGUAUUUGACUGCGGCGAGCUGCUUUACACUCCAGCUGUGUGGCACAACAUCAAUCCUCUGUUGGAUCAUCGGGUCCAGUUCACCUCCCUCCAAACAUCCCAACGGCUGCUGGACUACCUGCAAAGCAGUGCUGUGGUGUUGGAGCUCUGGGGUCUUCAGGAGGGUUGCAGUGUUUUGAGUUCAUCUCUUGGAGCUGUGAGAAUGACUGCAGAGGGCAUCUUUAUCAUCGACAUGCUGGAUCCACAAGCUGCACUAUCGGACUCUGCUGAGCUUAGCUGUUCAGUCAGAGCUCUUCAACAGGACUUGGAGAAACAGAAGAGUCUCAACGAGUCAUUAAGGAAAGAAAAUCACAGUCUGAGAGAACAGCUCAACACAGUCAAGAACGGCGGAGACGGCGUUCGUGGUCGGUCGCUACGUCCCAGCUGUGAUGCAGAGUUCGCACGCGCCCUGAAAGUUUUCUACCACAGCAUGACCUCUGUUAGGGGUCAGCUGCAGCGCUUGCGCAGACACAGACCCAGUGAGGAGUCGGACCUGCUGGGACUCAGACUGUUUGUGGACGAGCAGAGUCGUCUGCUGAGGGACUUCUCUGAGCAGCUGGAGGACAGCGUCUCCACACUCAAACAAGACAUAGCGGCCAUUGUACGCCGCAAAAGAGAACGCUCGGGCAUCUGGUCUUAACUCGGUGUUUGUUGAUUUGAGAAACUGUAAGUACCUCCAGUUAUUCUUUGCAUUCCGACAACAGAAAUGGAAAUCACAGAGAAAAACUCAAGUCUUAAAAAAGUUUAUUAGACUGCAUGUAAAAUAAGCUUUUACAUUACAACUGCAAAUAAAUUAAGUCAAGUUUUAAAAAUCCUAGUUGGAGCUACUUGAACUCUUCCCCCCCCCAUGCUUUACUGUUAAAGAUUGUUGAAGACAGACUUGUGUGAACAUGAAUGUUUAAAAGCUGAGAGCUUGUUUUACUUUUUUUCUCCAACCAUUUUGAGAGAAAAGCACUGUGGUUAAUGUAUGUAAGCAGCCAUGGUAAAGUACAGACGAUUGCUGUAGGUCCAAAAAUGGGAUAUAGGAUAAAAACAAAGGCAGAUCAGUCAUCAUACAGAAAAUCUAUGUACAAGCUAAUGAAGGCAUAGAAGCACAGACUGGGACUGAUCUGAUUAUUGCAUAACUGCAAGGUCAGAAUUUGCACAAGCUUGAUGAAAACUGUGUUUUUCUGUUUGAAAGGCUAGAAUGUUUUUAAUUUGCUUGGAAUUGAGUACACAAAGUCAGUCAGAAGUAUGUUGGGGUUUGAACUCAAGAGGUAGACAUAAAAACCACAAAGCGAGCUGGCACCACCAUUUUUACUGAUGUAUGCUGAGCGCUUCUUUACUUCGGAGAAAGCACCCAGUGAUGUGAAUGCAGAACAAGAAAAGGCUGAGGGUAAAGGUGAGGUAGGUUAGUUCAAUGACAAAGGAUUAGGACUCAAACUGCAAGAAAACAAUAUUUACAGGUUUUUACAUUUACAGGCAGAUAAUAAAAGUUGGCGCCAAUAAAGUAUAAUGAAUGUUCUUCUUGUUAGCUGCACCUGUCAAGGCAGGUCUGAAGACAAACACAUGAACAGGGGUGGAUAUUACAACACUUGUAAAAAA